GCGGUGGGCGGGGUCAGCGGCUGGAGCGUCACUCCCAGCGUCCCCGCAGAGCRUUGGUUCCAGCCUGGAGCUUAGUGGCAGGCAUGAGUUGGUCUCUGGGUUUGUUUCGCGCCUUGUGGAGAGCGCUGUCUAAGGAGGUGAAGGAACACGUGGGCACAGACCACCUCGGAAACAAGUACUACUUCAUCCCGGAGUACAAGAACUGGAGAGGACAAACUAUUCGAGAAAAAAGGAUUGUAGAAGCAGCAAAUAAAAAAGAAACAGACUAUGAAGUGGGGGAUAUCCCAACAGAAUGGGAAGCUUGGAUAAGACGAACAAGAAAAGUUCCACCUACAAUGGAGGAAAUAUUAAAGAAUGAGAAAUAUAGAGAAGAAAUGAAAAUUAAAAGUCAAGAUUUUUAUGAAAAAGAAAAACUCCUUAGUAAAGAGACCAUCAAGGAACACUUGCCUCCACCUGUUCAAACUCACAUUAAAGGGCAUGCCUCUGCUCCAUACUUUGGAAAGGAAGAACCCUCAGAGGCACCCACCAGCACUGGUAAAACCUUUCAGCCAGGAUCUUGGAUUCCACAAGAUGGCAAGAGCCAAAAUCAAUGAAUUGCACUGAUGAAAUCAUUUAAUUUACAUGGAUAUAACAAUUUUAACAAAUAAAAG